CCGUGAAUGAAACUUAUACUAGCCUAAUGGAAAAAACGUGCGACAGGCUGGGCCGGCAUCUGGGUUUAUUGGGCCUCCACCGCGAAAUAAAGCCCAAACAAGGAGUAGAGACGACGACGACCCCUGAGGACUGGAAAGGGAAGGAAGCGGCAGCACAGCACGAGAAUCCCUCGCCUCCCCCCGCCCCCCUCCCGUCGUCGACCCGACCUCGAUCCGCCACCGCCCGCCGCAGGAAGCCAAGCCAAGGCCAGAUGGCGGCCUCACUCGUGUCCUCGCUCACUGUGCCCCUCGUCUCCGCCGUCCUCGGUGCCGCCAUCGCCCUCGUCUUCCUCGCCGGCUACCUCAGCCGCAAGCGCGCCGCCAUCGCUCACAUCCCUCCCACGGCGACCGCCGCCGCCCCGGACCAGCCUAAGCAUGUCCGCCCCUCCAACCAGGCCCAGAACAAGAAGGGCCACCUCCGCGCGCAUCACCACGCGGCCGACAAGGACGCGGCCAAGAAGCACCACCAUCUCGAUGUCAACACCUUGAGGGGGCAUACUGACUCCGUCACUGCACUUGCCUUCUCCAAUGACGCUGGCAACCUAGCAACAGUAUGCGCCGAUGGAGCCAUCAGGGUAUUCAGGAUCGAUGAUACCUCUAGCAAGAGCUUUAAAAUUCUGAGGAUAAACUUGCCUGCUGGAGCACACCCUACCGCUGUUGCUUUCUCAGAGGGGUCAUCAUCUGUUGUUGUGGCAGCACAGGCGCUUCUGGGGUCAUCUCUCUAUAUGUAUGCAGAUGUUAGCGCUCCUCCAACCGCGGAAAACAAACAGCAGGGAAAGCUUUCUCCACCUGAGAUCAAGUGGAGUCACCCCAAGAUCCAUGGCAAGGAGUCUGUGCUCAAUGUUGCAGCAGCCCGUGCAACUCAUGGGUCCGGUGAUGGGAGCACUAUAAUUAUCUCAUGCUCAGAAGCAACUGAUAUCAAAGUUUGGCACGGGAAGAGUGGAAAGGAGUUGGGUACAGUUGACACCAAUCAAUUAAAAAAUAAUAUGGCUGACAUAUCCCCAAAUGGUCGCUUCAUAGCUGCUGCCGCUUUUACUGCCGAUGUCAAGGUGUGGGAGAUAGUUUACUCGAAGGAUGGUUCAGCGAAGGAGGUUAAUAAAGUUAUGCAACUCAAGGGUCAUAAGAGUGCUGUUACUUGCUUGUGCUUCGCUCCAAAUUCUGAGGAAGUGAUUACUGCAUCCAAAGAUGGUUCCAUUCGAGUAUGGAACAUUAAUGUAAGGUACCACCUCGAUGAGGACCCAAAGACCUUGAGAGUUAUGCCAAUUCCACUUCAUGACUCAAAAGGUUCUGUUUGCCAAUAUGACCAUAUGAACGUCUCUCCUGAUGGUAAAAUUCUGGCUGUAACAAGUGGAUCAACGUUGCAAUGGUUAUGUGUGGAAACUGGUACAGUUUUGGAUACAGCUGAGAAAGCACAUGAAGGUGAUAUAACUGGCAUUGCUUGGGCUCCACGAAAAAUUCCCAAUGGUGGCGUGCCUGUGUUUAUUUUGGGGACUGCUGGUGUGGACAAAAAGGUGAAACUUUGGUCAGCGCCAGAGGUUGGUUCAACAUGAGCGGAUAAGGACUGAAUCCUGGGGCCAUCCCCUAACUGCAUAAGACAGCUUUGCCAAGGGCACAUAAUGGAAGAAAGAGGAAACAAAAGAAGGAUGCAAGCUAACUAGCCCAGAACAGGGAAGGCCUUGCUUGGUGCUCCUCUGUUGAUAUCGCACUGAACUGAGGCAUAUUUUUGUUCCAUUGAGUUUGAGGGAUAGUACCGAGGGAGGCUUAUUACUGAUGAGUGUGAAACAUGGCGAGCACGCCCCAAUGCAACAGGAAGGCACCAUCCUUGGGGUUGUAGUUGUGCUAUAUAGGCAUAUAGCCUGCCAACUCUUUAUAAAAUAAACUGAAUGUUGUCUGCAUUUUUCUUUCGUUCCUUCUACUGGGAAUGAUCUGGCUGUGUGAUCCAAAUAAUUUGUGCUGCUGCUGCUUCGAAUACACGCCGUGUUUUUGUUUAUCUACUCUA